AUGGCAAUCUCCCAAAUAUUCAAUUUAUCUUUCUCCCAGGCGGCCCUGUUAUUGCUAUGCGUGAUCUUUACCUAUGUGGUUGGAACUUGCAUUUACCGGAUCUAUUUCCAUCCGCUGUCUAGGUAUCCUGGUCCAAAACUGGCAGCUGCAACACGUUUGUGGUGGACAUGGCACCAGCUGCGCGGUAAAUUUCCGUUGACCGUGCAUGAACUUCAUCUCCAGUAUGGGGAAAUUGUCCGAAUUGCACCCUCCGAGCUCUCCUUUACGGGAGCUGAUGCCUGGAAAGAGAUCUAUGGAUUCCGCACUGGUUUGCCUGAGAAUCGUAAGGAUCCAGGCGAGAAUACGGAUGCUGAUAAAAGGCAUCCAACCAUCAUUAAUGCCGAUCGCAAGACUCACGGUGAUUUGCGCAAGUUACUGUCCAAUGCUUUCUCAGAUAAGGUGUUGAAAGGUCAAGAGCCUGUACUACUGCACUAUAUUGAUCUCCUUGUCGAUCGGUUGCAUGAAGUGGUGGACAAGAAUGAGCCGGUCGACAUUGUGAAAUGGUUCAACUAUGUGACUUUUGACAUUAUUGGCCACCUGGCCUUCUAUGAGCCUUUUGACUGUCUCAAAAAUACGGAAUAUCAUCCGUGGAUGUCCAUGAUCUUCAACGCCAUCAUGUACGUGCACUACAUCCGUACCUUCCAGCGGUUCAUUGACGUCCGCUCAAUCAUCCUGGCGAUCAUGCCAAAACGGAUCGUCGAGCGACGUAAAUGGCACAUCGGCCUCGUCGCAGAGAAGGUCAAGCGUCGCAAAACCCAACAUCCCGAUUACAUCGACUUCAUGAGCCACCUAAUUCAAGCCGAAGAGAAAGGCCAGCUGAAGGCGCCUGACCUCGUGGCCAAUGCCAACCUUAUGGUUAUUGCUGGCAGCGAAACAACAGCGACUAUACUUUCCGGGACAGUCUACUAUCUGUGCACACACCCGGCUGUUAUGCAGAAGCUAAUCGAGGAGGUCCGCACUUCUUUUGCUGCCAGUGACGAGAUCAACAUUGCGCGUAUCAGCAAACUCAAAUAUAUCAAUGCGGUCAUUGAUGAAUCCUUCCGUCUCUAUCCCCCAGCUGCAGGAAGUCAUCCUCGUAUCACGCCGCCCGAGGGGGCUUACAUUAUGGGCCAGUGGUUGCCGGGUAAUACAUCAAUGGGUAUGGCCCAAUACGCUGUGUUCCGUUCUCCUGCAAACUUCAAAGAUCCCGAGCUCUACCUCCCUGAGCGGUGGCUGGAUACCGAAGGAGCUUAUGCUCAUGAUAAGCGUGACGCUCUUCAGCCCUUCUCUUUCGGGCCCCGAAACUGCAUCGGCAGAAAGUAUGAGCCCACUCUUGGCCUGUUUAUUUCACUGGAGAAUUACAUGCUGACAUUGUUUCUACCCCUCUAG